AUGCCUCAUCGCCGUGGCCUUGCUCUAGGUCUCACGAUUGGCGGGUCCUCCAUCGGUGGCAUUAUCUGGCCGAUCAUGCUAGAGCAACUGCUCAACAAACGCCAGCUUGAUUUCGGCUGGACUAUGCGAGUUGUCGCUUUCACCAUGGCUCCUCUUUUAGCUAUCGCCUGCAUCACUGUAGUUGAUGCCCCCACACCCCAGACACCCUUGAGUCCACUCCAUGCGGCAUCAGAUGGUUAUGAGAAGGGAGCGACCUCAUCGAAUGACGAGCUACAGUCCAAAUCGAAGGCCAACUACUCUGUCCUGAAGAAUAAGACCUUUGUCCCUCUCUGUGGAGGGUUAGCGCUCGGCUACUUUGGACUGUUCACGCCCCUCUUCUUUGUUACGGGCUUCGGCGCUCAACACGGCUUGUCCACGUCGACGGCAUUUUACUUGUUGUCCGGGCUCAACGGCGCUUCGUUCCUGGGACGAGUCAUUCCUGGGUUCCUUGCAGACCGGUAUGGGCAUUUCAAUCUUUGCGUGCUGGCGACUUUUGCGGCUGGUAUCGUUGGUUUUUCCUGGACAGCGGCGACGUCUCUUCCUGGUUUGGUAGUGUGGAGUCUGGCGUACGGAUUUUCAUCCGGAGGGCUGGCUGUCGGCUUCAUGAUGGGCUCCAUCGCUGUGACGUGA